UUUUCCAGGGACAAUCUAUACAGGCUAACAUUGACAUUGCUGACACCUUUGGAGCACGCAUCAUGGCCAGCACCCCCAGACAAGGCUUCCGUUUGUCAAGACAAGGGUCAAAGUGCUCAAGACUGUCACAAUUACAUCAAGGUCUUGCUCAGCAACGGCAAGAGCCUUUUCACAUGUGGAACAAAUGCCUUCAGCCCGCAAUGCACAUGGAGAGAGAUCGAAAACAUCAACAGCGUAACAAGUUGGGUCUCCGGGGUGGCAAUGUGUCCUUAUUCGCCGCAUGCAAAUGUGACUGCACUUUUGGCUAGGGGGCCAUCAGGUGGUUUAUUCGCAGGUGCACCGACGGAUUUUUCAGGAUCCGAUCCUGCGAUUUACAGGACACUCGCCUCACCCAGUCUCAGGACGCAUCAGUAUGACUCGAGGUGGUUGAACGACCCCCAAUUUGUGGUCAGCUUCGAGACGGAAGACCACGUCUAUUUUCUAUUUCGAGAAUCGGCGGUGGAGUACAUCAAUUGUGGGAAGAGGAUCUACUCGAGGAUAGCCCGAGUUUGCAAGAACGACCCUGGGGGCCAGACCCUGAUGAGAGACACCUGGACGACAUUCAGCAAGGCUCGACUCAACUGCUCGUUACCUGGGGAAUUCCCAUUUUACUACGACGAGAUACAAGGCGCAGCUUAUCACCCCGACGAGGGUAUCGUAUACGCCACCUUCAUGACUCCCAGUAAUGCGAUAGCUGGAUCGGCCAUAUGCGCUUUCAACAUGUCCGCCAUCACGGCUGCUUUCAAUGGACCCUACAAGCACCAGGAGAAUUCAGGAGCAGCUUGGGCCAGGAAGCCAGUGUCUCACCACAACCGACAGCAUUGUGGCCCUCCACCCAGUAAUGCUCCCCAUCAGAUCAUGGACAACCAGAGGUACCAACUGAUGGACGACGCGGUCCAAGGGACCACCUUGACGCCAUUGCACACUGCUACCUUGGAGAGGUUUACCUACAUCGCCGUGGACGUUACGCCGACCAAGCUGCAUCGUGGAGUGACGGUGCUGUACGUCGCGACGACCGAUGCGCUGAUAAAGAAGAUCUCCGUGUUGCCGAGGACGCAAGAGACCUGCGUGGUGGAAGUAUGGGGCCCAUUACCUUCCCCUGCGGUGACCUUGCAAUUCCUCAAGGCCACGCAGAGUCUCUACGUCGGUAUGGAGACCGGUCUUCUGAGGAUACCGGCGGACCAAUGUCAUCGUCACAAGAAACGCCAGGCAUGUCUGAACGCCCAGGAGCCAUAUUGCGGCUGGAAUGAACAUCUGAUGGAGUGCAGUCCGGCUCCUCAUCAGCAUUACCUGGCCAAUCACUGGGCCCAGGAAGUGACCACGUGUCCUGUCCUAACUGAUCCUGUAGAUGGCGGAUGGAGUGCUUGGAGCUCCUGGACACCUUGCCAGCACGGGACCGAAUCGGGACACUCGCGAUCUUCCCAUAGCCAUCAGCACUCGGAUAAACUUGAGAAAAUGGACACUUGCCAAUGCCAGACCAGGGAGUGCAACAAUCCACCACCGAAGCAGGGUGGCGCUAGUUGCGUCGGGCCCAAAGUUCGCGUCUCCAACUGCACCGUCCAUGGAGGUUGGACGGCAUGGUCCACGUGGUCAGCUUGCACGCAAACUUGCGGAUUCGCCAUGAAAACCAGGAGGCGCACUUGCACCAAUCCAGAACCAGCAUUUGGGGGCCGAGUUUGCGUCGGCCAUGAUCACGACGAAAAUGUUUGCAUUGACCUUCCACCAUGUCCGACUGUCGCAAAAGUAACAUCUUCCCCUCAAAAUGGACAAUGGUCGGCAUGGGGCUCAUGGGGAACAUGCUCUAAGCCAUGUAACGUUGGCAUCAGGAUGAGAAGAAGGACGUGUGAUCAUCCAUCGCCCAGGGAAGGAGGUGCGGAGUGUCCUGGGUGCAGUUUUCAGAUCGAGGACUGCAACACCCAUCCAUGCCCAGAGACCAGAAAGUACUCGAGUUGGACGCCAUGGUUGUCCGUAAAUGCAACGGCAGAAGCUGGAACUAUCGGGUACACAGAAAAACGCUUCCGAUUCAGCUGUCGUGCCCAAACAGAAGACUCGGCCAGUGUUCGAAUUCAGUUGGCAAAAGAAGAAGAACGAUACUGUAGGAGCGAUGGAUCCUGUUUACGGGGAAAUGCAAAUGCAAAUGGGAACAGUGACGUCAAUGCUGAUGGUGGUUGGGGCGAAUGGUCUUUAUGGUCACCAUGCAAUCGCGCGUGUGGUGGAGGGUCUCAGCACAGGGUGAAACAAUGCGAAUCGGCUCCCUGUGAAGGAAUCGCGAUGCAGACCAGAGUCUGCAACAGUCAUCCUUGUCGGGACCUUUCAGACGCCGAAGAAGAUGGCCAAUGGUCUUGUUGGACGGACUGGUCCGAGUGCUCCGUCUCUUGCGGCGUCGGCUUCAGAACAAGAACAAGAGAGUGCCUCGGCCCGGGAGAAUGCGAAGGCUCUGGACAAGUGAAGGAAACUUGCGAAAUGCCCAGCUGCGAGUCUUUGUAUGGCUGGGACUCCUGGGGACAGUGGUCGCCCUGCGACUCCGCUAAUCAGCAACACCGGAAAAGACAAUGUCUGAUCCACACCGAGGACGAGGCUUGCCAGGGACCUAGCCGGGAAGUCAGAAAUUGCAUCCCUGAUUGGAUGGAGAACGAAAUCUCCUAUGCCCAGUCGCGCAGAGUCGAAAUGGCUGGUGUAUCAGUUGGCGCUGUUGUCGGGGGUUGCAUCGCAGGCUUUCUUAUCGGCCUGGGCCUAACUGCAGGUGUCUGCUUUAUCUACCUGAAACGACGCAGACCGCGAGUGCCUGGAAGUCCUCAUUACAUCAGUAAACAGAAUCCAUACGUGACGGUUCCUCUAAAGGAAGUCACCGCAAAGCGUCAGCCAAGUUUCUCUGGAAGUACCAAUGGUAAUGGUACUCUUCGAGGCAAAGGGACUCCGAACGCGAAUGGCCUCGGCAGUCCGAAACUCUACCCAAAAAGUUUGGACUACGAAUCUGCGACCCUGAAGAGAAAUAGCCACGGCCAACCUCAUAUUCGUGCUGACUUGGAUCAAGAUAAAUACUACUGAGGUAGUUAUGGGGAUUUGCAAGCGGGAAAUAGAUCCUGGUCGACGAGAAACCAGACUGGACAAUGUUUUGGAGCAAGUGCCGACAUGAUGGUCUUUGCAUGAAGGAUGAACCAAUCGUAAAUUGAAAACAGUGAUAAGAGACUAGUAGGACGUUGUUCCCAGGAGCCAACAACAUUUAGAAUUAUCAAUCACGGAAAUAGCGUAAUUUCCGGCUUCAGUUUGAAUGAAUUUAAACAAACGCAACGCGGACAGACCAGCGACGCACAAUUUGCAUCAAAUUUCACUCCCAGUAGUUCGUAAAACCCGCCGCGAGGGCGCUGCAUACGUGUCCUCAUUUGGAAUUCUCAUCUGCAAGACGCUAGGAAUGAAUUUGAAUGAAUUUAAACAAACGCAACGCAAAUUGACCAGCGACGCACGAUUUGCAUCAAAUUUCGCUCCCAAUAGUUCGUAAAACCCGCCGCGAGGGCGCUGCAUACGUGUCCUCAUUUGGAAUUCUCAUGUGCAAGACGCUAGGAAUGAAUUUAAACAAACGCAACGCAAAUUGCCAGCGACGCAUGAUUUGCAACAAAUUUCACUCCCAAUAGUUCGUGAAACUCGCCGCGAGGGCGCUGCUUACGAGUCCUCACUUGGAACUCUCAUUUGCAAGUCGCCAGGAAUGAAUUUGAAGAAACGUAACGCGGAUAUACACGUGACACACGAUUUGUCAUAAAUUACACUCUCAAUAGUUCGCGAAACGCGCCGCGAGGGCGCUGCUUACGAGUCCUCAUUUGGAAAUCUCAUCUACAAGUCGCCAGGAAUUAAUUUAAACGAACGCAACGCGGACAGACAAGCGACGCACAAUUUGCAUCAAAUUUCGCUCCCAAUAGUUCGUAAAACCCGCCGUGAGGGCGCUGCUUACGAGUCCUCAUUUGGAAUUCUCAUCUGCAAGAUGUUAGGAAUGAAUUCGAAUGAAUUUAAACAAACGCAACGCGGAUAGACCAGCGACGCACAAUUUGCAUCAAAUUUCACUCCCAAUAGUUCCUGAGACCCGCCGCGAGGGGGCUGCAUACGUGUCCUUAUUUGGAAUUCUCAUCUGCAAGACGCUAGGAAUGAAUUUAAACAAACGUAACGCAGAUAGACACGUGACACACGAUUUGUCAUAAAUUACACUCUCAAUAGUUCACGAAACGCGCCGCGAGGGCGCUGCUUACGAGUUCCCAUUUGGAAUUCUCAUCUAUAUGGCGCCAGGAAUGAAUUUAAACAAACGUAACGCAGAUUGGCCAGCGACGCACAAUUUGCAUCAAAUUUCACUCCCAAUAGUUCGUAAAACCCGCCGCGAGGGCGCUGCAUGCGUGUCCUCAUUUGGAAUUCUCAUCUGCACGACGUUAGGAAUGAAUUUGAAUGAAUUUAAACAAAUACAACGCAGAUUGAUCAGCGACGCACAAUUUGCAUUAAAUUUCAUUCCCAAUAGUUCGUGAAACUGCAAAUUGUUUGUAAACAGA